UAUACACAUAAUUAAUCCGAAUAGGAUCCUUGAUUCUGUUAUUCUUAAUAUGAUCUUGUUUAUUUAAUUUAUACAUAAACAAAUGUUUUGAAAUUGUAAAAUUACUGUAAAAUAGUAGAUUUGUUGUAUCAUAUUUUCGUGAUUUUUGUUUAUACUAAUUAUUUUCACAAAUGUGUCGGUCGUCAAUCUUUCUUUAAUGCUAUCACCCUGAUCACUUUGAAAUUUUAAUAUGGGAGUUCCAACAUUUUACCGUUGGCUCUGUAACCGAUAUCCGCGUGUUCCUAAGGAUGUGAUCGAUAACUAUAAUGAUAGGAACCUGGACCUUUCAGACCCUGACGCAAUAGGACUUGAAUUGCUCAAAGAUAACCCUAAUGGAGAAUUUGACAAUCUUUAUCUGGACAUGAACGGAAUAAUCCAUCCAUGCUGUCACCCAGAGAACAUGGAGCAACCGCAGUCUGAAGAGGUGAUGUUCACCUGCAUACUGGACUACCUAGACCGAAUAUUUUUCAUGGUCAGGCCUAGGAAACUGAUCUAUCUAGCUAUAGAUGGAGUGGCACCAAGAGCUAAGAUAAAUCAACAGAGGAGUAGACGUUUUAAAUCAGCAGCUUUGGCCGAUUUAGAGGAUGAAACGUAUGAUACCUUGAUUAGGGAUUACGAAAAAAGGUAUGGGAAGACAGAUUUAAUAGUAAGGAAAAGCAAAUGGGACAGUAACGUGAUAACGCCAGGCACCGAGUUCAUGUAUAAGUUGUCUGAGAAGUUAAUGGAGUAUAUAGAGGAUAGAGCUGAAAGAUAUGAUGCUUGGAAGAGAAUAGUGGUUAUAUUCUCAGAUAGCAAUGUUCCAGGAGAAGGAGAACAUAAAAUCAUGAAGUUUAUAAGAAACCAAAGACACUGUCCAGAUUAUGACCCCAACACAAGGCACGUCUUACACGGUAUGGAUGCAGACCUUAUAAUGUUAGGACUUGCGACUCACGAACCUAACUUCUUUAUACUCAGAGAAAUUGUUACUUUUUUCACUAACCCCACCACAAAUAACACUGAAAACGCUAUUGCCAACACACUUAAUAUUGUUUCAAAACCUUUCAAGAAUACUGAAAGUGCUGAAGGCGUGCAAAAAUACUUGAAGAUGAUGAGAGAGAACUGGAAACCAUUGCAGUUUCUACAGUUGCCAGUGUUGAGAGAGUAUCUCUCUCACCAACUAAGGUUCCCAUUGGGAUUUGAGAAUGGAGAAAUGGUAGACUUUGAACGGUGUGUAGACGAUUUAGUGUUAAUGAUAUUCUUCUGCGGGAACGAUUUCUUGCCGAAUCUACCUUCAAUUUCAAUUACAGGAGGGUCAAUUGAUCAGAUGCUCUUACUAUACCAGAAGGUCCUACCAGCUUUAAACGAUUAUUUAUCAGAUGAGGGGAAGUUGAACUUUCAUGCAAUCACCUCAUUCUUCGAACUGCUCUCCAAGAUAGAAGAUGAAACCUUUAAAAACAUUCAUGAAUUUAAAAUGAAGGCACAAAGUCGUAAGCAAAAUAAUGAGUUGAACAGCGCCGAUGCAACAAAUGAUAGUAAUGGUCACAGUGAAGGUACCGGGUCAGACAAAAGCGAAGAGGAAAGAAUUGAGGAUAGGUUUAAGAAAGAGUUAAAGGAGAGGAUUAAUUCAUGUAAUGUUAAGGAUGAUGUAAAACUGCCAGUGGAUGUGACUUUGAAUGACCCAAAGCUGUGGAAAGAAGCUUAUUAUAGAGAAAAGUUCAAUUUGGGUGAUAAAAAUCAAGAGGAAAUAGAUAAGUUUGUACAAAAGCUGUCUUUUGACUACAUAAAAGGAAUUUGUUGGGUAUUACAGUACUAUUACCAGGGAUGCCCAUCAUGGUCUUGGUACUACAGAUAUCACUAUUCGCCGUUUUGCUCAGAUUUACAUUUCUCAGGCCUACAAUCACUUGAAGAUUAUAAGUCUGAGUCUCAGAGUGAGGGCGAAGCAAAUCUGAAGAGAAGACACGAUUCUCUGGAAAUGGGAGUAAAAAUGAUAAAGUUUGAUUUAGGUGUACCCCUAACACCAUUUCAGCAGUUAAUGGGUGUUAUGCCAAUUAGAAGUAGCCACUGCUUACCAGAGAAGCUCAGGACUCUAAUGACUGACCCCGAUUCACCAUUGAGGGAGUUUUACCCAACAAAGUUCAGAGAAGACCCGAAUGGCAAGAGGUACAAGUACCAGUGGGUGGCUCUUCUACCGUUUAUAGACGAAAAGAAACUUCUAACUCAUGUUAAACCAAUAGAAGACGAAUUAUCCGAGGAAGAAAAGAUUAGGAACAGGACUUCAAAUAAUUUAAUCAUAUUGCCUAAAUCUAGAAGAAAUAAUUUUCUAAAUAAUGUUAACACCAUAGUUGGGCAGGAUACGGAUAGGCCAAAUAGUUGUUUUGAACAGUUUGUAUCUGAGACUGGUAAGAAGCACAGAAGUGUUCUAUUACCUGGAGCCAAGAUACCACCCAGGAUUCUAACUGUUCAAGAUUUAAUGGAGGAACAGAGGAACAGAGGGUUUAACUGUGAACCGGCAAAGAGAAUGAUACUCAAUAUGUUAUCUGCAAGAAGGGAUCCUUAUAGUAAUGAUCCACAUGGUCCAGUCCUUUCUGAUACUCAGAGGGAUUUUCAUCAGUAUACCAAUAAGUACACACCUGGUCAAUACACUCCGACACAACAUACACAUUACAAUCACGGACAAUACACACCUAACGACUAUAACCAGUACAAUCAACCUUACAAACGACAUCAUAAUCACCCUAACCAAUAUCAUUCAUAUAACCAACAUAACCAAUAUCCUACUCAUAACCAGCACAACCAGUAUCAUCCAAAUAACCAUAACCAAUAUCAUCAGUAUGAUCAAUAUGAUAACAAUUACACCGAUAACGCUUAUGACCCCUAUAACCCUAGGUAUGCAAAUGAGCAACCCCAAUAUUCAAGGCCAAAUUAUCAACAUGAUAGACCAUACCACCAUAAAAGGUCAAAUCAAGAUAGAAACUAUAAUCGUGACAGAAAUUAUAGUGACAGAAACAGAUAUAAUAGCGGAUACAGAAGAUCCUCUAACGAGCAAUAUUAUUGAUUUAGCUCAACCUUGUGGCACUUUUACAAAUGAUUCAUAUUAAAAUAACUUUAGUAUCAUGGAUAAUUUUAAAAAUCAGGAAAAAAUAUGUAAACUAGUGAGAAAAAGAGAAAUUAAAGAUUCCAUUGGUGAAUGUGCCAACAAGGAAGACGAAAACGAGAUUUUAAAGGAAAUUGAAAAAAAUGAAGUUAAGGAAAAUGAACAAAAUGUAGAAAAGAAGGAGAAGGGUACUCGGUUGGAGUAUAUAACAACAUAUUCACAGGACUAUAAAAUAAUUGAAAUCCCGAAACCGGAGCCCAAGCAGAAGAUUGAAGAGAAAGAACCAACACCAUUUGAAGGGAUAACAACAUAUACCCUCGAUUAUUCACUUAAUGCCUGGAAAAACUUUGAAAAUUUGACUUGAUUGCUUCCAGUCAUGAAAUGUACAUUAUCAUAAUAACAAGAAAUACAAGUAGACUCACUGUAGAAC